GCUAGAUUUAUAGCACAGAAGGACUGGAUUGUGGUGCGGCGCCCUAAUAAGCUGGUUGUGUUUGGAUUCAACGCUUUUGACUUGUGGCCCAUUAAAGUACUGGGAGUGUCCUGCUGCCGCAUAUGUGAUCUGGCAGUCCAUCACAACAUGCCCUAUCUUUUGACGUCUCAGACGUACAGUGCCAGAAACAUUACUUUGUGGAGAUGGGACCAGGACUGGAAGGAGGUUGGACUCAAAGGUCAUUGUGGUGAAAUAUACAGAGUGGUGUUUCAUCCAACAGAGUCACAUACCUUUGCAAGUACCUCAGAGCACAAGACAAUCAAGAUUUGGGAUAUCGAAGAAGAGUGCGUUGCCCAGACUCUUCGAGUGUACGGCAUGCAGAGCUGUAGGAGUAUUGACUUUUGCAGUGAACCGGAAAAAACACUUCUUGUAUCAGGCCAUGACGAUGGCCUAGUGAGGGUGUGGGACUAUGAAGAAGGGAUUUGCACAGCCAAAUUGCAAGGACACACGGACGGGGUCUCGACGUGCUUCUUCCAUCCGCACUUGCCGUACAUCCUUAGUGCAUCGAAGAAUGGCGAGAUAAGGCUUUGGAGCGACACAGAUUUUCAGCUCGCGUCAUCCUAUUCGUGUGGAUUGCAAAAUGUGGUUGCUGGGGCUCCUUGUAAACAGUCAAACAUGCUUGUUUUGGGGGGUGGAGGGGGAUUCCUGGUCCUUGAGAUUGGCACAAUGGGAGAGCAAAAAAAAACAGAAAAGUUUAAGGUAGGAGAAAAGCGCGUAAGAACUGAGCCUCUCGUGUCCAAAGGGUUUGAAGGCUCACGACGCAAAGCAAUCUGUCCGACGGAAGACAUUGAGAGGAAAAUUGGGGAGGAGGUGGCCAGAACCGUGUCGAAAUGGAAGAAAAAGAUUGACGACGUAAGAACAGAGGAGGAGACGAACGAGAGAAUUCAACUUGAAGCAGAAAUGGCACAGCAACAAGAAGAGGAAAGGCAGGAACUAUCGAAGCAAACGAGUCCUGAGCCGGAGGAGGAGAGGGACUCCGAGGCCAAUGCACAUCAACUGUCGGACGAGUCGAGGACAAAACUUUUGAAUCGGAUAAGGCAGCUUGAAUCUGAGAGGGCAAAUUUUAAACAAAGCAUCCGAGAACUGGAGGACAGGUUGGAAAACGCCAUCGCCGCACGAGAAGUGCGGGAGUUUUCUUUAAAUGAACUCAAGGAGGCUACAAACAACUUCGACACGACGCAGAAACUUAACGAUGGGGAUUGCUGUUGUUGUGUUUUAGGUGAAAAAAAAGAGUGUAACAACACCCUCGUGAGGGUGAAGAGGUUGCGGCAUGCAGACAUGCAGGCCAUUGAGCAUUCCAAGUUCAAGACUGAGAUCGUCGAUAGGUUGAGAAAACUGCAGCAUCCCCAUCUGUUAACCCUCGUGGGAGUUUGCUACGACUCGGAGGAAGCCUGUCUGGUUUAUGAACACAUGGCGAACGGGAGUGUGAAGGACUGCAUUGCGCGACGAGAGGGGCCUUCAAGAGGAUUAGUACUACCAUGGCGUGUUCGCUUCCGUGUAAUGGCCGACGUUGCUCGAGCUGUGAGCUUUCUCCACUCCAAUUCAUAAACAAGCGCGAGUGCACGUCCUAUCAUCAUCCAUCGCGCCAUUGCACCAGCAAACAUUCUUCGGGAUACCCACUUUGUGGCCAAGAUC